GACUCAUCAGUGAUAAUGAGCUGCAAUUAUACAUACCCUACUGGAUAUCAGAUCAAGAAAGUGUUCUGGACAAAAACAAAAGAUAAAAAGGGAAAAGAAGAUCCUCCAGAUCUCUCUGAGGACCCUGAAUACAGUCAGAGGCUUCAGUAUCUGGGAGAUAAACAGCAGAACUGCACCAUCAGACUGAGUCAUGUGACACUGAAGGAUUCACACAUGUACUAUUUCAGAUUCAUCACUGAUAAAGGAAAAUGGAUUGGUUAUCCCGGAGUGACUCUUGCUGUCACAGAUCUUCAGGUGGAGUCUCCUGAGAGAGUGACAGAGGGAGAUUCAGUCCGUCUGACAUGUAAAAGCAGCUGCACUCUGACUGACAGAGCAACAUUCAUCUGGUACAGAAACUCACAGCCAUUAACUGAGAGAAGAGACAGAAACAAUGAACUCCUGCUGCAGUCAGUCAGAAGAGAGGAUGCAGGCAGAUAUAGCUGUGCUGUACACGGACACAAUCACAUCUCUCCUGCUGUUCAGAUCAAUGUCAUGUACCCUCCCAGGAACGUCUCCAUCAUUCAGUCUGUUCAUCAUGGUGCUGGUAGGAAUGUGAUUGUGAUCGCAUUGACAUCUGGAGGAUUAUUCUUCAUCAUCAUCAUCAUCAUCAUCAUCAUCAUCCUCUUUAUAAUAUCAGUGAUUCUCAAACUGUAUGUGCAGGUGGUGUGA